AUGCGACCUGGACUUCGAAGGGCUCAGGCAGCGUCCUCGCCACCUCCUUCUAGUCAUGACCCUGAUUCUCGAAGUGACACUGGCAGCGAAUGGCAGUUGCCUCCCUCUAUUGUUCGACCUACCACUCAACGUAACCCUCUACCUAUCACUACAACCGUCCGCCAACAACGAGCGACCGAAAGUCAAACUCAAGCUCAAGGACGAACCCGCUCUCGCAAACGAGCACGACCCAACGAAGAUGAUGAUGACAAAAUUGAACAAGACGAAGAUCACGCCAAUGAAAACACAACAAUCGAAAAUGAUAACACUCCUGACGCUGACAUUGACGACACAGUGCCCACCUUUAGCAACUACCGAGCCUUGGGCCAAGAGUGGGGAAUGCCGCGCGCUGAAAAAGAGCUGGCGUCACUCACCUUUACGAAGAACAACCGUAUAUCUGCCACCGGUCUCUAUGAAGCGCAGGCUCUUCAAUCCAACUAUGAAUUGGAUAAGACGAUGCUGUGCCUAGUCCUGAAGUGCAGCCGACGAGUAUUGGAUGGAGCUUUACUCGAGGGACCAUUAUCUCGGGAGCCCAAUAUGUAUACCAACUAUCAAACCUAUAGCAUUGCGGCCACGAAAACUCCCAUGCCACCCAAAGGUGUAUCACCUGGCUUUAAGGAGUGCAACGCGAUUGUCGGCUCCACGUGGUCCUCCUACAACAAUGAAGAACACGAAAUUUUCACUCCUCGUCUAUUUGAAAGAUUAUGUGUGGCAACGAGCGAGGCUUAUGCACUUACUAAGACCCCUCUUGGAAUCAAUCCUUGUCUUCCGGUUGAAGAGGCGUCUACUAAAACCCCGGCUUCCACCAUAGAACCACUUAGCGAAGAAGAACUCAAUCAAUAUGUACCGGUUUUUGAGCGCCUGGUCAAUCUGACAAAAGUCUCCCACGACUUGUACCAGGGUCGAUUGUGGAGACACAGUGGCAAGUACAAAAAUCAGUCCAUGGAGAAGCUAAUGAACUUCGAAAUCAGCAAAAUUAUACGCCAGCUACACGUAUUGAAGGAACACUUCAAUCUCCAAUUCCACCUGCUUGUGGCAAGUUGGAACCCAGCCACUUCCGCACCCCGUGCUCUUUUUCAGGAAGAGUAUACCUCUUGUGCACGGUGGGCCCGUGAUCAGCAAAAGGUCCAUCUCCUCGAGUGUUUUGCUUUCAAAGCAACGAAAGCUCCACAGCAUCUGCGCUCUAAACGACUUGAUCCCAAGCCCAUGUCGGAAGGUGCAGCGCGUCAAGGACAAAGACGCACGGAACUUGCGCAUGCCCUUAAUGAUUUGAUAGCCCCACAUCUUCGUGGAGGAUAUCAGGGCAGAGGUGAUGCACAUCCCAAAGUCCCAAAUUUGAAGGCCGCCUUUGCAGCCAAGACCUUCCGCGGGGAUAUCAAGCUCACCUUUCAAUGCACUCCUCAGAGCCGUAUCACUGACCUCAUGAUCUCCAAGGUCCCUGGUCACCUUUCGAAUGACGAAGUUGAAAUUUGGAUUGAUGAUAUCAGAUUGAAAAAUUACACCAUUAUAGCCCUGCGCGCGAGCUCCCAUAUAACAAAAAGCGAAAAUGACGAAACUAGUAUGUCACAAGAACCAUCUCAAACCGAUUUAGCCGAGGAGAGUGUUAGAAUAUCCGAGUGA